GAAACGGGUGAGAUUCGACAGUGCUGCAGAGUUCCUGGCUGCCUGUGCCAGCGGGGACACUGAGGAGGCCCAGGUGAUGCUGAAUGAAGCCAAAGAAACCAAACUGAGGAACGGGGAGGAUGUUACAGAAAUAAUAAACUGUGCUAACGCAGAUGGAAUCACUGCUCUCCACCAGGCCUGCAUAGAUGGCAGCAUGGAGAUUGUGUCCUUCCUGUUGGAGCGUGGUGCCAACGUGAACCAGGUUGACAGUGAAGGAUGGACUUCACUACAUGUUGCUGCUUCCUGUGGUCACCCUGACAUUGCAGAAUUUCUUUUGCAGCAAGGGGCCUCUCUUUCUGCAGUGAACUGUGAUGGCGACGUUCCUCUGGACAUUGUUCUGGAUGAGACCACUGAGUCCCUCCUUCAGGAUUACACUCUAAGACAGGGUGUUGACUUGGAGGCAGCCAAGCGGCUGGAGGAGGAGCAGAUAAUGAAAGAUGCCAGAGCUUGGCUAAAUGAUGGUCCACCCACUGAUCUGAGGAACCCCAAGACCGGAGCCACACCCCUGCAUGUUGCUGCCGCCAAAGGAUACCUGGAGGCACUCAAGAUAUUGUGUCAGUGUGGGCUGGAUGUGUCAGCCGUGGACUUUGAUGGCUGGACGCCUCUCCAUGCAGCAGCACAUUGGGGGCAGGGGGAGGCCUGUCGUGUUCUGACUGAACAGCUGUGCAAUAUGGAGGCCCGCAGCAACGCAGGUCAGACACCUUUCGAUGUAGCUGAUGAGAGUGUUGGGGAGCUUCUGGAGGAGUUGUCACAGAAGCAAGCCAAUUGGCGUAAUGAGCAGUCCAUAUCUGAGAAGCAAAACCCACCAGGUUCCAACACAGCAAAUUCACAAAACAAACGGCGGAGGAGCUCCGUGUGCAGGAUGAGCAGUAAAGAAAAGAUGAACGUUCAGGACCAGUCUAAAGAGAGGGGAGUUUCAGGAGGUCUGGAGCUGAGUGAGGAGAAAGACAGCAGUCCAGAAAGCUCCACCGUGUCCAGUCCAGACACUGAGAGUGUGACCACAUCCACAGUCAGCCCUGCUGACAAGACACCAGAGGAGAAGGACGAGGAGGAGAAGGAGCAGGACAAAGCAAGCCGCACUGCCAGAGUCCAACCCACUCCACAGACAAGGGAUGCUGCAGCUGAGAGCCCAAAUACCCCCAACGCUGACAGGCGCAAGUUCCAGGCUCCAGUCAGAGAUGAAGAGUCGGAGUCUCAGAGGAAAGCCCGCUCUCGGAUGAUGCGUCAGUCUCGCCGCUCCACACAGGGUGUGACUCUGACAGACCUGAAGGAAGCUACAGACCAACAGCCUCGCAACAUCCAACCUGUCAGCCCCAUUGUUACCCUCACACCAGCUGAAAGGGAUACAGACCCGGUGAAGCCAGCGGAGCCGGAGGGUGAAAAGCGCUUGGGAGUAAAGGAAAGAAGGAGAGGGAGGAGGGAGAGACGCUCCACUGGCAUUGUUCUGCCGGGUGAAGAGAAUGAAGAUGAUGAUGCUCGUUUGGAGGACACAAACAGUGACAGUACUCCAAAUGAGAGUGAACUGGGAGACUCAUCAACUGGCUACAGAACGCUGUACUUCAAGGUGCUGCAGGAGAACCUGUCUUUGAAGGACAAGCUGCAGGAGAUGGAGCUACUAUUGAGUCAAAACAAAGUGGAGCUGGAGCGACUACGACAGGUUGGGCAGAGUCAAGAAAGCAGCACGGAGAGGCCGGCCCUGCUGGAACUGGAGCGAUUUGAGAAGUUGGCCCUCCAGAGGAAAGCUGUGGAACUGGAGGACGAGCUGAAGGUUGUGGGGGAUCUCAAAGCAGACAACCAGAGGCUCAAGGAUGAGAACGCCGCCCUAAUCCGAGUCAUCAGCAAACUCUCAAGAUGAGCUGUCGAUAAAAAAACAAAACAACCAGUAUGGAGAUAAAAGUAUUACAUUCUUCUAUUGCCCAACUCAGACACCACAGACCAGGAAGGGAGACGACAGCCUUGAACACAGCACAGCACAUUCAACAGUAACUGGAACAGUUGAUAGAUUUCAGGGUUAUUCACCUGUGUUUGGGUCUUCAUGUUUUGGCAGAUCUACUGUAAAACAAGCUGGACUGCACCUCCUGUGGACUGACAGGGCGUUUCCUGUUCAACAUCCACUUUGAUAUUAAGUUUUUAUUGUUGUAUUUUUUUAACUGGAAUAUUUUAAUGUGCUUCGCUCCUUUGAUGCUUUGUAUAGAAUCUGUAUUAAGAGUCUUAAAGCCAUGCACAGUGCCAGCUAACGGUGAUGUGACCUCUUCAGAGGUCAACAAAAAAUGCCAGUCAGGUGUAAGGCUUGGUUACCCGGGGGGGGGGGACAAAAAAUUAAAUGUGCCAAAAAAACCAACUCUAGUUUUGCAUGUCCUUCGGGGAUAACGCAGUGGUCAGUGUUGUUUCUCAGGAUGAGUGACGGGUCGAUGCUUUCUGUUCUGGCUGGCUUCUGAAAAGGUGGACCAAAUUUUGCAUGCUCACUCCGCUCCCCGCUCCUCCGAAUGUAUAUUUAAGAUGUAUAUUUAUGUACAGGGGCCAUCUGUCCUGACAGUGAUGUAAAGGUGUUUUCUUGGUUUGUGUUGUAAAAAAAAAAACUAUGUUGAUUUUUCGGGUGCUAAAUCAAGGACGUAAGGUCAUAUUCAGAGGGGAUUUUACAGAAAUUGUUCGUUACAAACAAGAUAUGUCUUUCAAGGGGUUUAGGAGAACGCAUGCUCUAUCCUUCAGUACCGUAAAUCAGUAGUUAUUUCACUUUGCCAUGUUGACUGGACACUUCUGAAAGCAGUGAACCCUAAGCUAAGUAUUCUCCCUGUGACGGCUAGCUGUAGAUUUUUCAACAGACAGGCCAGAGGGGUCAACUCUUGAAUGUUUACUCCAGUUUUAAAGCAAACAACCUGCAUGUCAAAUUGUCUUUUUGAUGCUGUGCCUUUCAGUAUACAUUUCUAAGUGAUAUUUCUAUUUUGCUUUGGUAAACAAACACUGUAAAGUAUAGAAUACAGUAUGGGCAUAAAUGAUAAAGCCUCUGUGACUUCUUUA